AUGUCACUAUGGCGAAGUAAAGUGAAUUUAGAAAAACUACGAGCAGCUAGCCAAUGGAGAGAUCAAGAACGAGCAGGAAAAGAUAUUAUUCAGUUAUAUACCAAUGAAUGUAAAGCUCAGCGAGAAAGACACAGGAAAAUUCUUGAAAUACAGAGGAAAGCAAGACGUAAGGACGAACCUAAUCGCCAGUUGUUAGAGUCACAAGCAAAGGCUGCGGAAAUACGAAAACACUCACAGAAGAAGGCUGGACAUAACGUUGUUAAAUUGCCACCCAUACAAAGCCAAAUCAAAGUUACGCGAAGGGAGUUAAACAAUCGAACAGGUCUAACAGAAGCAGGUCAACAUUUUUUGCCUGAUAUUGGAGUUAACGGCGCCAGGCGUAUCAUUCCGAAGAGCGUGGAUCCGUCUCGAGAUCCACGAUUUCAAAGUUUAAUAUCAUGUUUAUUGAUCAGCGAAGAAUAUUUUGGCGACUUGCAGAGAUACGCUCCCCCAAGAAAGGAAGUUGCUAAACAAAGUCGCGUAGGAUUAGGCUUCCUAAAAAACGAAAAGUCAAUGAAGGCAUUAUUUUAA